AUGUUUUCCAAAGAGUUAUGCGAUUUUCCGUAUUUCGUCCCAGCGGGUGCACCUUCAGCACCAAAAUCCGCUAUAGCACCAAAAUUAAGUGCUCAAUUUGUGCUAAUCAACGGAACUGUUUCCAAAAUUAGUGCUGUAGUCAGUCAAAAGUUACAGGGGUCUUACCUUUCUGCGCUAACUUCACGUAGCGGGUUCAACGCCAGCACCAAAAUCCGCUAUAGCACCAAAUUUUAG